GAGAAGAUGGGAUUUCUCUCCAACAAGAUCUCCAUUGAUGAAGUGAAGCCAGGCGAUCACAUCUAUUCAUGGCGUCAGGCCUAUGUUUACGCUCAUCACGGAAUCUAUGUAGGUGAUGGACAAGUCAACCAUUUCACUCGUGGGGAUGGUCAAGAGACUGGAACUGGGACUUUCUUGGACAAGAUGAUUGUUAGUUCAUCCCCAAAUCAUGGAGACAGCCCCUGUCCUAAUUGUGGAGAUAGAUCCAAGCUUGGUGGUGUAAUCUCUUCUUGUCUCGACUGCUUCCUCGCUGGAGGUGAUCUCUACCUCUUCGAGUACAGUGUCUCUCCUGCUAUUUUUCUCGCCAAACCUCGAGGUGGCAUAUGCACAAUAGCGCCUUCAGAUCCUCCAGAAGAAGUCACUUACCGUGCAAACUUCCUCUUGCGAAAUGGUUUCGGUGUUUACAAUGUUUUCAAGAACAACUGUGAAGAUUUUGCCAUCUACUGCAAAACUGGGUUGCUUGUAGCGAACACUGACGUGGGAAGGAGCGGUCAAGCCGCUUCAAUGGUUGCAGCAGCCAGCGUUGUUCUCUCUUCACCACUCAGGUUCGUAGCAGGUUUUGGGGGUUUGGCUGUGGCUGGCUACGGCAUGUACUGCGUCAGUCGCCUGGUUUCAGACAUAGGCAUGCGAUGGGAUGUGAGCAAGGUGCCUGUGGAGAGACUUAUUGCUGAUAUGGAUGAUAUGGUUGGGACAGAUUGUCAACCGGAGGAGAUUUAG